AUGGCGCUGCGCUGCGGCGUCUGCGGACACAGCCACGAGCAAAUGACGUUCACGGCGUUCGACUUCACGGUGCAGAGUUUCGACUGCCAGGGGCAGGACGCGGCGGUCGCGGGCACUGCGGCGGCGCUGGAGAGGGCCAACUUGGCCUUGUGGACGUUCAUCAAGAUCCUGCGCGGCCGGAUCUUCCCCAACAUGGCCAAGGCGCUGCCGGACGACCCCAUGACGCGGCAUCUGGUCGCCUUUGUUGGCGACGGACCGAUGGGCAUCGCACGCUGGCGACCCGCCUCCGAGGAGAGUGGCAGCCAAGUGGCCAUCAUCGAGCACUUUGGCGUCGUGGAAAGCAAGCGGCGGCAGGGCUACGCCAGGCGGUUCCUCCGCGCCGUCGUUGAGGACAUAGAGGCGAUCUAUGCGCAGCAACCGACACGCCCCCAGGCGCUAGUCGCGUACGUGCCGCAGACCGACUCGUUCGCGGCGAUGAAGCUGUUCCAGUCCGUAGGGUUCCAGCCGGCGGCGCAGGUCGAGGUGGUGGAGGACAGCUCUUUCUUGCGGAUGCGGAUGGCUUGGGGCUGCAGCCGCUCCUAG